CAAUUUUAUCGCCUCAUUCGUUUGCUCACUUGCCCAUGUGAACGUACCGUAAGCUGACGCAUAUUCUUAAAUUUGUUUGCUUUUGAUCAUUAUUCGAAAAAUUUCGUUCGCGAUUGAUUUGAUUGUCAGUAGCGCGUAUAUUGGGCUGAUAUUUCAGAUAGAGCAAGAGAGAAAUACCACCGAACAAAAGAGAUCAAAGCAUGUGAAAUAAUAAAUACAUAUACAAGUUGGCUUUGCGCAAAGAAAGAGCGAACAUCAUCCGAAAAAAAAACAAGAAAUUUCAAGUACCAAAACAUCGCAGUGGCAUUUAUAGCAACCGCAAAAUUAAAUGCAGACUCGUCAUCAUACUGCUGCUGCUGUAUUCGUUCGAAUUAAAGUUAAACAUCAGUUUUAUUCCCUUCAAAUCGCAUUUCAUUUCUACUUCAUUCAGCAACGAUUUAAAUGCGAGAUACGGUUAUAAAAAUUUCGAAAAAUAAAUUAAAUCGAUUAAAAACAUUUGAUUAAUAUUUGUUAUUUGAAAAAGAAAAAGUUGCGUUCUUUUUUUUCUAAUUCAUUUGAAGACAUUGAUUUCUGAGCUAAGUUCAAUUUUGCCAGACGAUUAGUUUUCAUUUUUUGCUCGCGUUACGUUACGCCGUUAUGUUUUGAUUGAAAAAGAGAUUUAUUUGACAUUUAUUGGCUUAAACAAGCUGACACAAAAAGCGCAGUCAAUGCUAAAAUAAGGAAACGCCCCAAAAAGGACAUAAAAAGCUAUACCGCAAUAAUAACAGAAGAAAAAACAGAAAGAGAGAGAAAGAGAGAGAAAGAGAGAGAAAGAGAGAGAGAGAGAGAGAGAGAGAGAAUGUCAACCACAUGAUGAAAUUGUUAACACAAUCAUAAAACCAAUAAUCGGCUAAUCAAAGACAAUUGAAUAUAUCUCAAUUAAAGUGAAGUGUGACUGAAGAAAAAUACCGAAUGCAAAAACCGAAAAACGAGCAUUUUUACCAAAUUUGUAGAAACAAAACGAAGCAAAACGCUAUUGACAACGAAUUGGACAAAUGAUAGCAAUCGGUUACUGGAAUAAAAAACAAACGAAUUUGGGAUUCGUACUAAUCAACCGAAAGGGACGUUAUCGACGAAUAAUCUUACGACUCGAUUGACAUUAGUUUUUGUUCGGUCCAAGUUUACGGUUGCAGUUCACAAAGAAGAGAUUUGAUAUUUUUAGACACGAACGACUCUUGCGGAGGGAAGAAUAAAAAACUACAUGAGUCACUCGAGUAAUCGUAGUAGCAGUACAGAGCGACCUUGUGGGUUAACGGCAUUACUGCCCAUAGGAAUGUCUUGUAGAGGUCGUGCGGAAGCAUUUGCUCGAAGCCUUCAAUCACGUCUUCGUACAUUGGGAACACAGUCCAACGAAUCGACACCGAUCACAUCCGGAAAUACAGGCACGGAAAAUAGUUGGUUGAAUUCAGGUUCAUACACACAAGCUUCAGCAAAUGUGACCAAUCAUCAGCCAGUGGCGACCGGCAACGGUAUACACGAUGUAGCCGAUUCAUAUUUUGACUUUGAUAUACCAGGCAGUCCAGUCGACGAAGGCGAAUAUGCACGUCUAAUCAAUACAUCAAACACAUCAACGGCAACACCUCAAGAAAAUGCACCCGAAUCGGGUUACGUGUGCGCUUCGCCAAUUUCAUCCGUGGAUAAUAACAUUGGCACAGAGCACAGUGAUAGUUCGUCAACGGAUGAUCCAUUUUUUGAUCCAGAAUGUUCGGAUAAUGAACAGCGAUCGACUUCACUUAGUUGCGAUUAUUAUGAUUGUGAUGAUUCGAAAAAAGAUGUAAAUGCCAAAUGGUCACCACAUCAAGAAGAAGAGCAACAACAACAACGAGAGCCACCACCAUCAUCGUCACCCCCACCAACAAAUCAACAUCAGGAACAUCAACAGCAAUACAAUGGUUUCGAUGGCGAUAAAAGUACCGAAUCUCUUCCAGAUACACUGACUCAUUCAACCGUCACUACCUCAAAGUCGCUGGUCACGGUCGGCAAUGAUGCGGAUGUGACUGAUUUUUGUGCGUCGCCACAAUUGUUGAACGAAAAUAAUCGAAAUGGUGGCGAACAUCACACAUCCAAUGCCAAAGACAUGCCCGAUCAGAAUCAUGUGGCCAUUCAACUCGAACGCACAAAUAGUAUUAGUACAAAUGAAACAGUUCAGCAUGGUGUGGAUGUUCGCGAAAUACCAAAGUACGAUCCAAACACACCGAAAGAAUCGCUCACCGUCGACCACUAUGUCAAUGGUCAUUCGUCCGAGGAGGAGGACGAGCCAGUACCACGUUCCGAGCGUUUUCGUCGUUCGUCAUCGUUAAAAACGGGAAAAACGCCGCCAGGAACGCCAGGUCGAAAGAAAAUCGUCCGUUUUGCCGACGUAUUGGGUUUGGAUUUGGCCGAUGUGCGAACCUUUUUAGAUGAAAUACCGAAAGUUCCAAAAUCAGCAUUCGACGAAUUGACCAUUGCUCCCGAGCCACCAAUUUCGUUGGGUCAACGCUUAGACAAGAUUAUUGUACCACUGUUUCAACAGCCGGGAGCAUCGCCAAAUUUUUUGGAUAUCGUUCAGAUUCAAAAUGUUGCAAUGGAAAAUGCAGCCGUCACCGAUCCCAUUUGCCUUACCAUAACCGGACUCGUACGCGUUCGAAAUCUUGACUUCCAUAAAUCGGUACACAUUCGCUAUUCGCUGGACGCAUGGAAAACUUAUUCCGAUCUGCAGGCAGAAUAUGUGCCCAAUUCGUGUGAUGGUUUCUCGGAUAAAUUCACAUUCACCGUAUUCGGUAAUUCAAUGGAAAUCGGGCAACGCAUCGAAAUUGCCAUUCGAUUUUCGUGCAAAGGUGAACAAUUUUGGGACAGUAACCAUGGUGUUAACUAUUGUUUUCAAUGUAUGCCGGCCACAACGCCACAAUUACAAACAAGCAUAAACAAUGUUCAAACCGAAAAUAAUCCACAUCAUCAUGUCCACCUACACGAUUCAUGGUGCGGCUCAUCGUUUUACUAACAUUCAAUCGGUCACAAAAUAGAUGAGAUUGAGCGAGCUUCAGUCGAAACGUUUGCUUUCCUAUUUUUACGGUGCAUUCGAUUUAAAUCAUGACAGAAUGGCCAAUUGAAAACAAUUGAGACAAAAAUAAAAACAAAAACAAAAACACACACACAAACAAAUAAACAAAACAUUAAAUACGACGCAAGAGAUACUAAAGAUAACAAAGAAAUUCAACAAAGAGCUGAGCUCAUUUUAAAUAAGAAUUGUUAUGGCUGGAAUGUUACAACUAGCCAUUUGAAAUAUCUAAUAAUUGAAGUGAAUAUAUGAAGAGAAUGAGAAGAAAUAAAAACCAAAGUCAUGGUUCUAGUUUUUUAUGUAAUAUUUGUAGGUAAAUAUGUCUAUUGAAACAGUAGUGAAUUCAACCAGCGAAAUUGAACAACUUCAAACAAUAAAUAGAAACAGUGAGAACGAGAGGGAGAGAGUGAAGGAGAAUGGAAAGAAAAACACACAGUGUUGCACAUAAAUAAUAUCAAAGUCAAUUAGUUUAGGUAGAAUUUUUUGCGUUGUGAUAUCGAACAUCAUGAGAGUAUUGUGAUAUAUACUGUACUGUCGAUGACUGGCACACGAUCGACUUACAAAAUUACACAACAACACUUUCCUGAUUUUUCGAUAUAUAUAUACACACACACACACACACUUGGGCAUACAACUUGCCAAAUAAUAUUAGGUGAUAUUGAAAACAAUGAAACUAGUUGUCAUGCAAUCGUUGCGAUUUAUAUAUAUAAUAGUAUAUAUAGAAAACAAAGCAAAUAUCGAGAAUUUUAACAGCAAGUUUACCAAAGGAUAAACUUCAAAUGCUGAAGAAACAAAAGAAUUGUACUCCAUAUAAUGAAUAUGGAUUUUAACAUCGAAUGAUGACAUGUGUACAGAAUGAAAUCUAAAUAUAUUUUAAUCAAAUUUACAAAUUAUGGGAAGAAAAAUAAAAAAAAUAAAAAUAAACAAAUUUAAAGAAAAGAAAAUUGACUAUGGAACAGUGGAUCAACAACAACAACAAGAAGAAGAACGACAAAAAAAAUGGAAAAAUGAGAUAAAAGUUAUUGUUACUAUUGCCAAAAAAAUAAAACAAUCUGAACAAAUAGCGCA